UCUGUAGUUUCAAUUCGGUGUUCACUUUCGCUUGAAGCGGACUUGUUUCUGGUCGGCGGACGGGAUCGGUGAUCUGCACCUACAAGCAUAAUACUGAUACAUUGACGUUCCAAUCGAAUUGAUUUGAAAAAUGAAUGCUUUUAUUUCAAUUAUAGCUGGUUGUGCCCUAGUUAUCCUCCUAGCCCCUUCCAAUGGCCAGGCAGUUGAAAAGGCAGCAACAGUAGAAGCAAUUCAAGGCGACGGAGAUAUAAAAAUUUAUAAACGUCUCAUACCCGCUGAUGUACUUCGAGAUUUUCCGGGCAUGUGCUUUGCUUCAACACGCUGUGCCACAGUAGAGCCAGGCAAAACUUGGGAGCUAACGCCGUUUUGCGGACGAUCAACUUGCGUACAAAACGAGGAGGAUUCAGCAAAGCUUUUGGAGCUCGUCGAGGAUUGUGGGCCCUUGCCGUUGUCAUUGGCAAACGACAAGUGUAAAUUAGACACUGAAAAAACUAACAAGACCGCACCGUUUCCAUAUUGUUGUCCGAUCUUUACUUGUGAGCCAGGUGUUAAAUUGGAGUAUCCUGAAGUGGCAAAAGAUGUUGAAAAGAAAGAUUAAAGAAUAUUUUCACCAUUUUUAAUUAGACUUAUAAUCUCCAAAAAUCGACAUCACAUAUUCUCUGUCAAUAAAAUAAAAUA